AUGUCUUUGUUGUUCAAAGACUUCCCAGCUGUUCCUAUGACAGAGCUGUCUAGAAAAAUAUGGACCUAUUCAAAUGAUUCUGUGAAAAUUAAUGUCACAGAUAAUCCUCCCUCACCAACUCUGACUCCGUCCACUCUGGAGGUGAAAGAGGGAGCCUCUGUGAGUCUGACAUGUUCUGCUCCAGUUCCUUGCCCGUCUCAUCCUCCAGCUUUGACAUGGUCUCCCAAACUGGGGGAGAGUCAGGUGAAACUGCGAGAGAAUCAGGACAAAACUCAGUUUCAGACCUCCAUUUUAACCUUCGUUGCCUCACAUAGCCAUGAUGGUAAGAAAAUCUCCUGCACAGCUGUCUACAAUAAACAAGAUGGAAGCCCCAGUGUAUCUGUUACCGCAGAUUUAACAGCAAGGAUUUUGGUUCCUCCAGUGAUCCUGGACUCAUCUAUUUGCACCAGAACUGCAAAUCAAGUCAGAUGUUCCUGUGAAACUGUUGGAAGCAGUCUCAUGUUACAGUGGGUUGUGGAUGGACAGCAGGUUAUCCAAUCUAACAAGAUUUCUAUCUCCACUGACACUCUGAAUAGUACACAUCUGAAGAGUGUCAUCACUGUCAAUGGAGCACAGGACAGAAAUCUGUCAUCGUUGCUCUGCUUUAGCUUCAACUCUGUGGGAUCAGCCAGGAAACAGUUUUGUGCUGACUGCUGCACAAUUGAAAACAUAGCAGAUAAAAAGCUGAUGUUUGUGUUCAUUGCUACUACUGUCGUCUUACUAACUCUAGUCUGUGUCUUGCUGUUUGUUAUCCGGUAUCUGAAGAUUCAGCAAAACAAUCUAAAGGAGAGUGUUGCAAAGGACAAGAAAAAGAUACCACACACUGAAGAUCCCAUUUAUGUCAACACAAGGAAGCUGAGACAGGAAAAAUGAGAUAGAUGAUAAUAACAUGCUUUUUAAUUGCUGUGGGAAAAAAUUCAGCUCUGAUGUUUUCCUGCCUUUAAUCAAACAAAGUCAAAAUUAGGAAAAGCACUUCUAAACACACCCACAUAACAACAACAACUUAAAAGUUUGUAAUAGGACGAGUUUUUAAAAUGAUUUCUUUGACUUUAGCGCUGUCUGUUGUAAUUGUAGUAUUAACUGGUCAUAUCUAAAGAUGUUCAAGAUGCUGCAUGCUAUUUUAAGUAUUUUUUAUUUUAUUUUACUGGGUUUGCUUUUAUUGGCUGUGACAAAAUAUGCUACAUUGUAAAUGAAUUUAUACUUAUAGAAAUUUGAUCAUCAAAUAGCUGCCUCAUGAUUUAAAUUAUUUUGCCAUAUAUUAUAAAGACUUUUUUUUAAUCCUCUCUACAAUUUUGUGAUAUUUGUAAUCCACGGCUUUUUAAGGUACACAGCUCAAAGUAAAUAACAUUGUGUUACUGUUUUACAUAUCUGAUAUGUGUAAUGGACUUCCAAACUAAAACAGUUUGUUAAAAGGGGACUAUUAUGCGUUUUCUAGGCACAUUAGUCCAACAGUCAAGUAAGUGUUACU